AACGAAUCAUACAAAGUUGCCGCCCGGUUUUUUGCACAUGUUGCAAAAAACUAAUCCCGGACAAUAGUGCACAUGGAAACAGAGGAUGACAACAGCUUCAAGUACUUGUUUGUCGCACUGGAUGCAUCAAUAAAAGGAUGGAAGAAAUGCAAACCUAUAAUAGUUGUUGACGGAACUUUCCUUAAAUCAACAUAUGGAGGUACACUGCUCUCUGCUUGUACACAGGAUGCAAAUGGGCACAUUUUUCCACUAGCUUUUUCUGUUGUGGAUUCAGAAAACAACAACUCAUGGCAAUGGUUUUUCACAAAAGUGAGAGAAACAUAUGGGAUUAGAGAGGAACAGUGCUUGAUCUCAGAUAGACAUGAGAGCAUAAGUAAGGCAGCUUGUCAAGUAUUUCCAGAAAUCACACAUUGCUAUUGUGUAUACCACCUGUUAAGCAACCUAAAAGCAACCUUCAAGAAGAAUGCAAGCAAGCUGGAUAAACCAUUCUUCGCUGCAGCCAGAGCAUACACAGAGAGGAAAUUUGAAUACCAUAUGAGCGAGUUGGACAGCUUGGACAUCCGUGUAAGACCAUAUUUACAACAAGUUGGAUACCACAAAUGGUCAAGAUACCACUGCAAAAACAACAGGUAUUCAACUAUGACUUCAAACAUUGCUGAAUCUCUAAAUGCAGCAAACUUGGCAGCUAGAGAGCUACCAAUCACAACACUGAUGGAGUCAUUGAGAGCAUUGAUUCAACAAUGGACAUACACAAACAGGAAAAAAGCACAGAAAACAACAACAUUUUUAACACCUACAGCAGAAAAGAAAUUAGUCGACAACUUUGUGGAAUCAUUGACAGAAAAUGUAAAACCAAUAAACGAGACCAUGUUCGAAGUCAUUGAACUAACCAGAUCAUGGGUCAUCAACCUCAAGGAGAAAACAUGCAGUUGCAACAGAUUCCAACUUGAUGAGUUACCGUGUGCUCAUGCGCUUGCUGUUAUAAAAGAGAUGAACUUGAAUGUUUACAACUACUGUUCGGGUUAUUACACCACGCGAACAUGGCUUGAAACAUACAGCGGCUCAACAUAUCCGGUACACAAUCACACAACUUGGGAUGUGCCACAAAACAUAAAAGAUAUCAUUGUUCUGCCACCAAACCAAAAAAUAAGAUCUGGAAGACCAAGGAAACGAAGGUUUUUAUCUGAAUGGGAUACAAAAAAACAUAACAGGUGCGGCAAAUGUGGACAACACGGACACAAUCGAAAGACAUGCAACAAUCAAGCAAUAAAAUAGAUACAUAUGAAAUAUUUGAAUUGUUUAAUUUUGUGUGCAAAUUCAAACAGGUUGAUCUGUGAUGCUCUAAAUACAUGGGAUUUCAUUUUUAUGAAAUUUGAAACAGUUUUUUAAUAGUUUCAAAAUCGUUUUGUUACA